AUGGAUUCAAGUCAGCUCUCAAUCUACAAGGAAGCUUUAGAGCGAGAAAUUGAAAACAAGAAAUAUUUCCUCAAACAAGCGCACUCUGCAAUAGAAUCACUGGCCACCAGUGACUUAGGUUUGGUUGAAGACAAAGAUGAAUGGAAGGAAUUUCUUAAGAAACCAAUGUUCUUCCCUGACAGAUCUGAUCCCAUAGGUUUGAAUUUAGUAUCCAUUGAACAGCAACAACGCUUGAAGACCUCUAAGGAAGUGCUGGAGAUCCAACAGUUAAAUGAACUGGAAGAGCUUGUAGAUUUCCAGAGAUCAUUGAAUAGUGACCUAGAGUUAUUCUACAGCAUGCUCUUGAGACGAGAGAGGGAGCCUACUUUACGAGAACAGGAAGAGUCUGUGUCUCGGAGAAAUACUAAACUUUUUGAGAUAUUGAAAAGACUGAUAAAAGAAUACAUAAUGAUUGACAUCAGCGCACCAUUAAAUCGAUCCUCAGAAACUGCCGAUGAAGUUUGGACGAUGAUGCUUCAGUUACUAAAUGGAGAAAAUCUAAAUGUCAGAGAGUUUCGAGGCGCUACGGCUGGGUUCUACCGCAUGCUUUUGAGAAGCGGUCUCAUUGAAAAUGUCGAUGCCGAGAGCAAGAGCAUGGACAGCAACAUGUACAUAAAGCUUAUCGAUUUUGCGGAGAACUUUUGA